CAGGCGUCCAGAGAUUUUUCUCCCUGAGGCGCAUGGUUACGAUCUUUCUACACUGGAAUUAAAGGGGUUAUAACGAUGCCUGGACGUACACAUUUCUCGAUAUCUGGACCAGACUCGGCGCCUUCGUCACGUUCGGCGUCUCCAGCGCCCGCUUACGACUUUAAUGACAUCGUAAAAACAGAGAAACUUAAUGGAGUCGAGGACGUUUCCCCUGGACAAGGUCCAACCGAUGUGUACGACACCACGUUGCCUGCCUGGCGAGCGGCCGUCAGGAGAAUACUCGUCAAGACGGUCGAGAAGGAGUCGCGGGUGAUCGCAAGGAUGCAGAACGCUAUCCGAACACCCUGGCUAGAUUCGUACUUUGUUUACACUUCUCUGUUGGGAACGCACACAUUCUUUAUGAUCUUGCUACCUGCCUUCGCGUUCUUUGGGCACCAGGACAUUGCUAGAGGACUGGUUAUGGUACUUGCAGCAGGUGUAUACCUGUCAUCAGUCCUCAAGGAUAUGUUCUGCUCUCCACGGCCCUUUGCACCACCAGUCGUUCGACUAACCAUCGGCUCCCACCACCUGGAAUACGGCUUCCCUUCAACACAUUCAACAAACAGCAUCUCCAUCGCCCUAUUCUUCUUCUCGAUCGUCCACAGCCUCACCUACACCUCCACACCCACCAUUUCACCACAAGAAUUCUCCGUCUUCACGGCCAUCCUCGUCUUCUACGCCUUCUCAAUCGUGUUCGGCCGCCUCUACACCGCCAUGCACUCCUUCACCGACUGCAUCAUGGGCACGAUCCUUGGCGCAGGGAUUUGGUGGGGCCACGGGAGCUGGGGCGGCCAUCCCGUCGUCAUCUCCCUCUCCAACCCCCUCUCCACCUUCUUCACCACCUUCGGGUUUGGCCAGCCAUUCGACGAAAACCACAUCGUCGUUUACCUGGGCAAAUGUCUCGGAGCGGGGCGGUGGAUCGAGCAGUGGUCCGAGAACGGCGGAUGGAAAGUCCCGGUUAUCCUUAUCCCGCUCUGUCUCCUAGCUGUGAACCAGCAUCCUCAGCCAGUUGACGACUGUCCGUGUUUUGAGGAUGCGAUUGCGUUUGGGAGUGUAGUGCUGGGCGCGCUUGUGGGUCGGUGGGCGAUGCAUUCGGCUGGUUUGAAUCCCGAGAUGAACGGGCUCUCGCUCAUGCCUGGGAGCGGAUGGGUUCAAACUGACCUUGGCGAAUGGAUUGCUGUCGAGAGGACAUGGGGCGAUAUCGGCGUGUGGUGGGCCGUAGCAGCGUUGAAGAUGGCAGUUGGUAUUCUGACCAUCUUCGUCUGGCGUAUCAUCGCCAAGGCUGCAUUGCACCUCAUCCUCCCGCCCACCUUCCGUCUCCUUUCGCGCGUAUUCAGGCUGCCCAACCGACGGUUCUACCUCCCAGCUACUGAGUACAAGAACGUCCCGAGCGACAUCCACGUCACCGAAGACGGCACCAUCGCUUUGCAAGCUAUUCCCAGUGUCAUCGAUCUCCCUUCCUCAGCUGGUAUGAUGUUCGAAACUGGAGGCAUUGGGAGCGGUGUGGACGGCUCGUCGCACUGGAACCAGAGUAAUGGGAACGGUGCCGAGAUGAAGAUGCGCGCGGUUAACGGAAAUGGGACUGGGAAGGCCGUUCCUUCCAAGUUGGCGCAGGAGAUCAAUGGUGGUGAGGUCCAUGCUGCCAAGCGGGUAGAUGAAGAAGACCAGGAGAGCAAGGUCAAGGGUGCUAAACACUAUGAUGCGGACGUCCUCACCAAGGUCAUCGUCUACGCUGGCAUCGCCUUCCUCGCAUGCGAGGCUCUUCCUCUUAUGUUCGAACACCUCGGAUGGGGACUUCGCUAUUCGGUCUAA